AUGACCGAAAACGAAGAGCUCUAUCUGUCUUCGAGCUCGAUUGAAGACUCAUGGGUGAGCCAGUUUUGCGAGAUGGCGAACCACCAGUAUUUUUGCGAAGUGAGCGAGUCGUUCAUGGAGGACGAGUUCAAUCUCACGGGCCUCAACUCGCUUGUGCCCCGGUACAAGGAGGCGUUGGAGCUCAUUCUCGACCUUGAGCCGGAGGUGCCAGUUCCUCUGCCCGAGAUCCCGACAAUUGAAGAGAGUGGCGAGCUUCUGUACGGGCUGAUCCACGCCCGUUUCAUCAUCACAAGGCCCGGACUCCAGUCCAUGGCCUACAAAUACGCCUGCAGAGACUUCGGCACCUGCCCGCGCUACCAGUGCCGCAACACAGCAGUCCUGCCCAUGGGACGCCUGGACAUCCCCGGGUUUGAGACCGUACGACUAUACUGCCCCUGCUGCAGAGACAUUUACGUACCCUCCAACUCCCGUUUUCUGAAUAUCGACGGGGCGUUUUUCGGGUCAUCUUUUCCUGCAUUUUUCUUGGAAACAUACCCCAAAGUCGAGCAAGAGUGCCGACGAAUCCGGGAACAGUCGCCGCCGUUCCAACUCAAAAUUUUUGGUUUCAACAUUGCGGAAAAAAGCCGGGCUGGUCCCCGUAUGAAGUGGCUUCGCCAGACCCCUGGCCAAGACAAGUCUCAAGGUCCCCAGGAGACAGAGGCGGCAACUGCGAUUGAAGAAGAGGCUGUGGUCGGUUAA